AUGCCCGGCUGGCCCUGGGGGCUGCUGCUGACCGCGGGCACGCUUUCAACCGUGCUGAACCUGGGGCCGCCAGCGCCUGCCGACCCCUGCCAUGACGACGGGGGCGCGCCCCGCGGCUGCGUGCCCGGCCUGGUGAACGCCGCCUUGGGCCGUGAGGUUCUGGCGUCCAGCACGUGCGGCCGGCCGGCCACGCGGGCCUGUGAUGCCUCGGACCCGAGGCGGGCACACCCCGCCGCCCUCCUGACCUCCGCAGGGAGCACCACCAGCCCCGUGUGCUGGCGUUCGGACUCACUGACACAGGCGCCCCACAACGUGACCCUCACAGUGCCCCUGGGCAAGGCUUUUGAGCUGGUGUUCGUGAGCUUGCGCUUCUGCUCGGCGCCCCCGACCUCGGUGGCCCUGCUCAAGUCACAGGAUCACGGCCGCAGCUGGGCCCCACUGGGCUUCUUCUCCUCCCGCUGUGGCCUGGACUAUGGCCGCUUGCCUGCCCCUGCGGAUGGCCCACCUGGCCCAGGGCCUGAAGCUCUGUGCUUCCCUGAGCCCCAGGUCCAGCCUGAUGGUGGUGGCCUUCUGGCCUUCAGCGUGCAGGACGGAAGCCCACCAGGCCUGGAUCUGGACAGCAGCCCAGUGCUCCAAGACUGGGUGACUGCCACAGACAUUCGAGUAGUGCUCACAAGGCCUGCCAUGCUGGGGGACACCAGGGACUCCAUGGCCAUGGUCCCUUACUCUUACUCGGCUACUGAGCUGCAGGUGGGCGGGCGCUGCAAGUGCAAUGGGCAUGCCUCAAGGUGCCUGCUGGACACCCAGGGCCACCUCAUCUGUGACUGUCAGCAUGGCACCGAGGGCCCCGACUGCGGCCGCUGCAAGCCCUUCUACUGCGACAGGCCAUGGCAGCGGGCCACGGCCCGGGAAGCCCACGCCUGCCUUGCUUGCUCCUGCAAUGGCCAUGCCCGCCGCUGCCGCUUCAACAUGGAGCUGUACCGACUGUCCGGCCGUCGUAGUGGUGGCGUCUGUCUCAACUGCCGGCACAAUACCGCCGGCCGCCACUGCCACUACUGCAGGGAGGGCUUCUAUCGCGAUCCAGGGCGUGCCCUGAGUGACCGCCGCGCUUGCAGGGCAUGUGACUGUCACCCUGUUGGUGCCGCUGGCAAGACCUGCAACCAGACCACAGGCCAGUGUCCCUGCAAGGAUGGCGUCACCGGCCUCACCUGCAAUCGCUGUGCCCCUGGCUUCCAGCAGAGCCGCUCUCCGGUGGCCCCCUGCGUUAAGAUUCCUGUCCCUGGACCCACUGAGGAGAGCAGCCCUGUGGAGCCCCAGGACUGCGACGCGCACUGCAAACCAGCCCGGGGCAGUUACCGCAUCAGCUUGAAGAAGUUCUGCAGGAAGGACUACGCGGUGCAGGUGGCGGUGGGCGCGCGCGGCGAGGCGCGCGGCUCGUGGACGCGCUUCCCGGUGGCCGUGCUUGCAGUGUUCCGGAGCGGCGAGGAGCGCGCGAGGCGAGGGAGCAGCGCGCUGUGGGUGCCGGCGCGGGACGCGGCCUGCGGCUGCCCGCGCCUACUGCCGGGCCGCCGCUACCUGCUGCUUGGGGACGGGCCAGGGACCGCGGUCGGGGGCCGGGGGCCCGGGCUCAGCGCCGCCCGCGGGAGCCUUGUGCUGCCCUGGCGCGAUGCGUGGACGCGGCGCCUGCGGAGGCUGCAGCGGCGUGAGCGGCGGGGGCGCUGCGGAACAGCCUGAGCCCGAAGCGCGGGCGGGGCGCUGCUUCCACAUUGAGGCGCACGUUCAUCCAGUGCAUCCGCCUGCAGAGGAGUCUUUGCUGGCGUCGCGCGCGUCGCCAUCUGGGCCCUCCCCCGACCCUGC